UUAACGUACGAUUAUACUAGUAUUUCACGUUACGUUAGGCAAACGAACUAGUACAGUCAGCAAUUGUUCACAAUGAAUUGGAGUAUAUGUUUGAUCAUAGCGGUUUUCAUUUGGAAUGUUGACUGUCAAACUCGACCUGUUCGCAAAUACAAAGUUAAAGAAAACCCAUCAGGUGCUAAACCGCAAUCUGGCGACAGGGUGAUCGUACAUUAUACAGGCAAUCUCAAGGGAGUUAAUAAUACUAUUGGCACGAAGUUUGACUCGUCACGUGACAGGAAUGACCCAUUUAGAUUCACUCUCUUUAAAGGAGAAGUUAUAUCCGGUUGGGACAUUGCAGUAAAUUCGAUGAGAGUUGGGGAUCGUGCAUGGUUUGAUAUACCAUCAGACCUAGCGUAUGGACCUAAUGGUUCACCACCAGCUAUACCGCGGAACGCUGAUCUUCUUUUUGAUAUAGAGUUACUAGGAAUAGAACCGAGGCCAGCACCGAACCAAGCAAGUGCGCAAAAUGGACUACUGUAACUGUAAUCUGUGAAGUCACCAAAAAAUAAAAUCGACCAUCUUCUUCCAAAAAAUUAGAAUAAAUUCUUUAAAAGAUG